AUGACCGCCCUGGAGGCGAACCCCGUAUUCCCGUGUCGAGACCUGAAGACGCGGCAGCCCACGCCACUGCAGUUCUCCCUGGAAAAGAAUUUCAUCGGCAGCGCAGUCAUCCAGGAAAAGGUCGACGCUGGCAUUAUCGAGGUGUACAUAGACGGGAUGCCUCACUCGCCAGCGUCUGCCCUGCACGCGGCCCACGACUGCUAG